UUCAGGGCAGCGUCACCAGGGGGGUGCGGCCUAAAGGACGUUCAUUUUGGGUGUGGAGUCAACUCGCGUUAUCCAGCGCCAAAUUCAAACUGGGAGAAAGAAAUAUUGUGUUCCAGAGCGACAGAAAACCAAAAGGGACCAAACAGACACCGCGCCUUGAGAUCCUCUGAGCAUGACGUCAUCGAUGAUGACCGGAUAUGGCAAGGCCAUGGUAGGGGUGUGGCGGGCACACGCCACCCUCGAGGAGUCUGAUGAGGCAGAGGGCUCUCCAGAAGCCCCCAGCCGCUUCCGCAAGCUCCGCUCCUCGUCCUCGCUCAACUCCCUGCGGAUGACUCUGAAGAAACGCCUUCCGCUGCGCUCCGUCCAGACCAACUCCCUCCCGGAGAACCCUACCUGGGAACCGGUGCAGGAGCCCACCAAACCGGGCACCAUGGGCAAGCUAGCCCGCGGUGCCCGCCAAUCUGUGGGCGGAGUCUACCAGCGGCUGCAGAGGAGCAGAGAAGCCAGGCAGGAGGAGUGUCUGGUGUCCACUCCCGGGCGAGUCGGAGAGCAUGAGGAGGGUACUCCAUCCACCUCUCGCACCCCUCAACGCACCCCGGGCCGACCUGUCACCCUGGUGGCCACACCAACCCCUCGCCGCACCCCCAGGGCUUGUGCCACGCCGGGACGCACCCCUGCGUCCAGGCGGCGGUCCGCGAAAAAGGGCACGCCUAAGGCCGGCGAUGAGGCACGCGGGGUGAGGCCCAGAGGUGGCCGGAGGCAGCUUGUGCGUAUGGCCGCUUUGAAGAGCCCCUUCGCCUCGCCCAACACGCAGAACCAGAGACGGAAGUUUGACCAGGACCUGGAGAGCGUGUCUAGUGGACUGAAGAGGCUCAAGCACCUUUCCAGGGCCUUCGACAGCUUCAUUGGGAGAGACGACAGGACCAACGGCCUGGAGCGCGUGGGGGGAGGCGUGAUACGAAAGUUGGACCCGAACGGCAAACUGAGCCGCUCCAACCUGACCCGGCGCGCCACUAAGUUGUCGCACACGCUGGGAGAAUUGGCUCACACCACCGCCAGCAACAUCCGCAAAACCUAAACCCAACCGACAGCACCUCUUGCACUGUCUGAUUUCAGUUGUCCCAUUGACUUGGUAUGUUCACACGGGAAUUUUGUUGGACAUAAAGUCGGGUGUAUGUUUAAAUCCGGUACCAUUUGUACUGUACUUUAGUCACUAUUGCAUAGUUAUGUGUCUUGAGAGUCGUUAGUUGUGAGUUGGCGCUCUCGUUGUAGCUACAGUGGUCUGUUGUCAUAGCGACCCCGAGUGAAGGGAAGAUGGUGUGGGAGCUUUAUGGAUUUUAUGCGCUGUUCUGUCUAUCAGUGCACAUUUCCCUGUUACAUUGGAAUACCAACCAAAUGAAGUAGUUACUGAGUAUUGUUUGUUACAUUUAUUUUUCUAGAGUGUCGUUUACUGUUGCACUACUUUUUAUAUCAAACCUACGUAGAGUUUAGUCACCAAGACCAAAAGUAUCUGUUAACUAACAGGUUUACUACUCAUGGACAGAGAGGCUUUCCCUCUCCAUUUCAAUAUCGAAGACUAAUGAUGCCUUAUACGUUUCAGACACUAUUUGAUGUAUUCCUUAUAUUAUAGAAUGCAAAGACAUUUUUGUAGUUAUUUAGACUCUUUUUUUUCACGUUGGAUUAGUACACCUAUGAAAAAAUAAUGUAUGGGAAUGCUGUCAUUUCCCAGUCCAUAAUGUGAUGUAAUGAUGCUGUGCAUGGCAGUUUUUAUGAUCAUGACUGAAUCCCUCCAAUUCCUAUUGUCAAGGGGGAAGGGAUCGACAAGCGUUUUUUAUAAUAGAUGUAUCAUGUGAAGCUUCACAAUAAAUGUUAUACCUUUUUAAAUAA